AUGGGCACGGUGACAACGGAUAAUAGCGGCUCGGUGCCAACGGAUAAUAGCGGCUCGGUGCCAACGGACAAUAGCGGCACGGUGCCAACGGACAAUAGCGGCACGGUGCUAACGGACAAUAGGGGCUCGGUGCCAACGGAAAACAGGGGGCACGGGUCUCGGAGCCAACGGACAAUAGGGGCUCGGUGCCAACGGAAAACAGGGGGCACGGCGCCAACGGAUAAUAGCGUCACGGUGCCAAAGGACAAUAGGGACACGGUGCUUACGUACAAUAGGGGCACGGUACAAACGGAUAAUAGCGGCUCGGUGCCAACGGAUAAUAGCGGCACGGUGCCAACGGACAAUAGGGACACGGUGUUAACGGAUAAUAGGGGCUCGGUGCCAACGGAAACACAGGGACACGGUGCUAACGGACAACAGGGACACGGUGCUAACGUACAAGAGGAACACGGUGCUAACGGAGAAUAG